UUUUUUGUUAUUCUAAUAAGCUGUCUAUUACCUACCUACCUUCAAUCCCACAAUAAUCUGUUUAUUUAUUAUUCCAGUGAACUCCAGCUAUGGGUAAGGUAGCUACAGCUGAGGUGCUGCGGUUCAUGACCGACUGUCUGAAGUCAGCCGGUGCGGCGGCGAAGGCGGCUGAGCAGCAAGCUGAGCUCCUCAUACAGGCCGACCGCAUGGGGCACCCGAGCCACGGCCUUAAUAGACUAGAAUUGUACAUUAAAGAAAUUUUAUCGGGAACGUGCAAGCCAAACAAUGAGCCAAAGAUACUGAAGGAAAACGCAUCCACAGCGUGGGUGGACGCCAACAAUGUUCUGGGGGCGACAGCCAGCCACUUCGCUAUGGACAUCGCUAUAAAAAAAGCGAAAGACACCGGCGUUGGAUGGGUCACUGUUAAAGGUUCGAACCACAACGGCAUGGCAGGCUUUUGGGCCCAAAAAGCAGCUGACAAGGGACUAAUAGGGAUGGCAUUCACUAACACCUCACCUCUCCUAGCACCUACUAGAAGUAAACAGGCGGCUUUAGGCACAAACCCGCUGUCGGUGGUGGCACCGGCGUCUCAAGGCGAAUCCUUCUACUUAGAUAUGGCGACUACUGCAGUGGCAGUUGGCAAAAUAGAAAUGCAACUUCGAAAGGGUGAGCCCUUACCCCACGGAUGGGCUCAAGGGCCUGACGGUAGAGAGACAACCGACGCUGAUCUGGCAUUCAAAACCAGUUGCUUGAUGCCGCUAGGCGGAGGAGAGAAAACUUCAGGUUACAAAGGGUUUGGGCUGUCUGCUAUGGUCGAGUUGUUCUGUGGCAUUUCAUCUGGUGCUAACUACGGUCACCAUCUACGCUCGUGGUCGCAUAGCGGCGUGGGCGGGCCGGCCAACUUAGGCCACUGCUUCGCGGCCGUCGACCCGGGGUGCUUCGCGCCCGGCUUCGGGGACCGCCUCGCCGAGAUCAUCCAGCACUGGAGGCAGCUGGAACCGACCGACCCAGAAUUGCCAGUAUUGGCGCCGGGUGACAAAGAAAAGAAAGCUGCCAAAGAGACAUUGGAACGCGGGACGGUAUCCUAUGUGAAGCAACAGAUCGAUUCCAGCGCCGCCCUGGCGGAGAGACUCAAAGUUAAACCCAUGGAUGUCAUAGCCAACUAAAACUUGAACUGGGAAAGCCGACUGAUUAAUUCUCAUCAUACUGACUUGUUGAUUUAUUAUUGAAAAUUUCCAGAGCAUAUCAUUGUUUUUGUAUUUUUAGGUAGGUACUUAUUAGAUUAAAAGUUGC